AUGACUAGUUCUAACUCACAAAGUCAAAAAGUAGCCUACGAAGCCGUGUGCCUUGCAGAAGAGGAUAUUCAAUGUAAUGCAAUAACAAAUCCAAUCCCACUACCCGGAAAAAUUCUCGUAGAACCUUUGACCAUCUUAUUAAGAAAGCCAUCGUCGUCUUGGACGAAAGAAGAUGUGACUCCAAUUGCGAAACUUCUAGCGGGUAGACCAGCGGUUGACGGGGCUGGAGAAAACUUUGAAGGAGCUCAACUAUAUGCCAGUAUUUGCGAAGAUUUCGCAACUUAUCUUUACAAAAAUCCCGACAUUCGUGCGAUCGUCGAUCCACUAUAUGUUGUUGCCGACUUAAGCACUGUGAAUGUUACAAUUCCGGCAAAUAUUUACCCGCCAGGUGGCAAUCCCCCGCCUCCCACUGCUCCGUUAGUUGGUUUAUUGGGUAUUAAUCACGCAUGGAUAUUCAACGGACGAGGUGCUUUGGGUCAAGCUCAACAUUUCAUUGGGUGGCUUCAGGGUACAUUGCCCGGAAUCAGAGUUCUCGUAUUCACCAGUCCAAAUCCGGUAUUAUAUUAUUGA